GAUGAAGAAUCUAGAUCUAGAUCUAUCCCUGACCCUGUCCCUGUGAAACCAGACGACAAGAGUUGUGGGCCCACUUCAACGCCCAUUCUGACAAGUGUGGUUUCAAAGUCUAAAUUCAUGCCUGCAACUUUGGAGGAAUUUUUGAAAGCUUGCCCCUUAAAUGAACUUAAGAAUGCUGCAUCCUCGUGGCAGUUGAAAUCUGCAGCACACCUGCUCUACGAAGGGAAAUACACUGAGAGUUUAGACCUGUGUACGCCUUUGUUAGACAAGGUAUGGGAAGAGCUGAACACGGGCUACUGGAAAGACGUGCCUCUGUGCUGGCGACAAGUGUACUCUUUCGUUUCGGUCAUCAAAACCCUCUGCCUUAGUGCUUUGCUUUCAGACACUUCGAAAAACAUUGAUCAUAUGACCAUUUUACGGACAUGUGACAUGGGUUUGCUAAUGGGGGCUCCAGUCUUAAAUAACAUAUUGGCUCGUAUGUCAAAGGAGUUUCAAAAUGCUUUUGGUGUGCUUGGACACUGGAAAAGAACAGACGAAAAGCUAGAUGGAGACUCAGGUAACCAUACUGGUGCUGGCAGUGAAAGUGGUGAAAGUCCUUCAAAAAAAUUCAAACCAGAUAAACAAACAGCAGAAAAAGACAUUGCCGCUGAACAGGCUGCCUCUUCAAAAGAUGCUGAUACAGAAGCCCCUGAAAGUAAAAGCGUAAUCUCCCUUCCUCCUAAAUUAGACUCUCAAAGAGUCAGCGAGGUCCCGCGGUGCUCCUGCCCAUCAGUUGAGAUGUUCCACGCAAUGUUUAUGGACUCUGGUCAUCCUGUGAUCAUAACGGACGCCAUCGGCUACUGGCCAGCUUUGACAACUCGCAAGUGGUCGUUGGAUUAUUUGCGCUCAGUGGCAGGAUGCAGAACUGUUCCGGUGGAAAUUGGGACGAGGUACACGGAGGAGUCGUGGACUCAGAAGCUUAUGACUAUCUCUGAGAUGAUUGAUAAAUACGUGGAGAACCCGGCGACAGGCACGGCAAAAGCGUAUUUGGCACAGCACCAGCUGUUUGAUCAGGUGUGGGAGCUAAGAGAUGACAUCAGCGUGCCUGUCUACUGCUGCCUCGGAGAAGAAGAAGAGGUCGACAUUAACGCCUGGUUUGGGCCGGCAGGAACCAUUUCCCCUCUGCACCAAGACCCAAAACACAAUUUCCUGUGCCAGGUGAUGGGAGAGAAAUACGUCCGCCUGUACUCCGUGGAGCACUCAGAGAGCAUGUACCCUCACCCGACACAGCUGCUGCACAACACCAGCCAGGUCGACCUUGACUCCCCCGACCUGGACCAGUUCCCAGCGUUUGCCAAGUUGCCCUGCCUGGAGUGCGUCCUGAGACCUGGUGAAUUGCUUUAUAUCCCGCCUGGCCACUGGCAUUACGUGAAGUCUCUGGCUAUCAGCUUCUCCGUCAGCUUCUGGUGGUCCUAACUUCUGGAUCAUGUGCACGACUCUCAUCACUCCUCAGUGUCUGGCGUAAUUUUUCAAAAUGAAGUAUGGUGGAGUUUUACAAAAAGCAGUUGAUUUUAUAAAGACAUAGACAAAAUGAGCAAAUGGAUUAAUUUUGCCAUGUUUCCCCAAGCGUACUGUCAACAUACAGCAGACGCAGCCUUCAUGAUUUUUUAAUGUAAUAUAAACUCAUGUUGAAUUAUUGAUGUUUCCCACAAAUUCACAUUUGUGACCGGCAGCAAAAAGCGACCUUCAUUGUUGAUGAUAUGUUGUAAUAUUGUAUUAUUUUCUCAAGCAUUUAAUAUUUCCUUUGCUUUAUGUCCAUAUUCUCCUCUCCUAAUGUUGAAUGUUGUGGACGUUGUUGCUCAUUUGUUGACUUUGCUGUGUAUUAACUUCCCAUCAUGUCCUUUGGCAUGUCAUGAGCCUGUACAUAUUUUAACUUCUGUUUGUUUCUGAUGAGUUCACACCUCAAUGUGAUCCCGUCUGGGGCAGACAUUGUACUUCCUCAUGGAGAUUUACUAUGGAGAUGUGAUGGCAUUCACAAAAGUGGAGGAUCUGUGACACAACGGGCAGUAAAAUUACCCAAGUUAUUGCUGCUUGGUUGAUCAGCUCUCCUCACUGCAGCUCUUGUUCUGAAAAUUAUUAUCUGCUAUCAGUGAGAUUUGGGAUGUGAGCCAAGUGUAGUCUUUGAGACCAAGAUCUUAAGGAUGAUUUUUGUGUAGUAAGAAUUCUGCUCUUUUCUUAAAACAUUAGGAUCUUAAGCGAACCGGAAUUGUAAGCGGCGGGGUCUUAGGCGGAGACUUCUGUAAUAAAAUCAUAUAAGGAUCAUU